GCAAUUCCACGCCAAUUCCACGCAUUCAAGGGGUUUAAGGCUGAGCUCUAUUGUCUGCGGAUCGCGCUGCCUCUUUAAAAUCAGAAAUGCACGGACAGCUUCAAGGUGCCUCCCACUGAGCAAAGGCUUUGGAUGCAGGCUCAGAGGCAGAGGAGUCACCCUCCCCUGAGCACAGGGCAAACCUGCCUGGGAGAGAAAUGAGCACUCAGCAGAGUCCUCGGGCUGCUUCCAGCGAUCCUUUCUCUGCUCCAGUGACAGCGGCACACGUGCAGGGGAGAAACCUGGAGGCUCUCCCCAGGGCGCCUGAGACCUCCAAGAAGAUGAGAGCAACUGCAGGAGGAGAUGAAUGAGGCUGUCGCUCAAUAGUCUUCCAGGGACAAAGACAAGGUGACUCACUGCUCAGAAGGAAACCUUGGGUGAGGUCUCAUGCCCUGCCACAGUGGGUAACUCCAACACGACACGAAGGGCCAGCCAGGCCACGCGUGUCACAAGAAAACAGACAUGGCCACAGAGCGAGCCGAACGUAACCCAAACGCCACCACCCACCUCAGCUUUGCUGCAAUCUACAAUCUCCAUGAUGGGGAUCUCCCCUCCUUGCGGAAUUUCUCCCUCCCUUUCAACUACACUUACAUCGACUACGACCUGCCCUUGGACAGCGAAGACGACGUGACCAAAACCCGCACCUUCUUUGCGGCCAAGAUCGUGGUCGGGGUGGCCCUGGUCGGCAUCAUGCUGGUCUGCGGCAUCGGCAACUUCGUCUUCAUCGCCGCCCUCGCCCGCUACAAGAAGCUGCGGAACCUCACCAACCUGCUGAUCGCCAACCUGGCCAUCUCGGACUUCAUCGUGGCCAUCGUGUGCUGCCCCUUCGAGAUGGACUAUUACGUGGUGCGGCAGCUGUCCUGGGAGCACGGCCACGUCCUCUGUGCCUCCGUCAACUACCUGCGGACUGUCUCCCUUUAUGUUUCCACCAAUGCCCUCCUGGCUAUAGCUGUUGACAGGUAUCUGGCCAUUGUUCACCCACUGAAACCACGCAUGAAUUACCAAACAGCAACCCUCCUCAUCGCCUUGGUCUGGAUUGUUUCCAUACUUGUAGCUAUCCCAUCCGCAUACUUUGCUACCGAAACGGUGUUGUUUAUAGUGAAAAACCAGGAGAAGAUUUUCUGUGGCCAAAUUUGGCCGGUUGAUAAGCAGAUAUAUUACAAAUCGUACUUCCUCUUCAUCUUUGGCAUUGAAUUCGUGGCACCUGUGAUCACGAUGACCUUGUGUUAUGCCAGGAUCUCUCAGGAGCUUUGGUUCAAAGCCGUCCCAGGAUUCCAGACAGAACAGAUCCGAAAAAGGCUUCGAUGCAGAAGGAAAACUGUUAUGGUCCUGAUGUGCAUCCUGACUGCCUAUGUUCUCUGCUGGGCACCUUACUAUGGCUUCACAAUUGUCCGGGACUUCUUCCCCACCAUCUUCGUGAAAGAGAAGCAUUAUCUCACUGCCUUUUACAUAGUUGAGUGCAUUGCCAUGAGUAACAGCAUGAUAAACACCAUGUGUUUUGUAACUGUGAAAAACAACACCAUGAAGUACUUCAAGAAGAUCAUGUUGCUCAGAUGGAGAUCAACGUAUAGUGGAAGCAAAUCCAGCACUGAUUUGGACCUGAGAACAAGUGCAAUGCCAGUCACAGAGGAGGUAGACUGCAUAAAACUGAAAUAAAUUUUCUGCGGUUCUAAUCUCAUCUGUUUUGGAGAGGGGGUAAAGAAGAAAUAAUGUCUCCUCAGAAGCUUCUCCCUUGUCUGUGGGAACACUCACUAUUGGUGAGAUCCCUCAAAAAGCAGCCUGCAUUUCCACCAGAACUCUUCUUAGUGGACUGCUGGAUAAUACUCCUAACUC